UUCCGACAAGAGAUUAAACAGUCGCGAAGCAACAGCAUGUUGGGUCCCGCCGUCACCUCCUCCUCCCCCUCCGCUUCCCUCGCAUCCGCCGCCGCCGCCGCAGGUUCUCGCGCCAAAUUAUUCUGCAACGAUCAUCGCCAGAAAACGGCCGGUUCUUCUCUUCGUUGCCAAACCGUUCGCUCUAUUUCAGUUCGUCCGAGCUUCUUCGCGAUCCGAGCCAUGGCGGAAUCUCAGACUGUUCCGAGGAGUCAGCCGCAAUCGUCUGAUUCCUCUGGCAAAAAGCAAGCUUUGAUAUCUCUGUCCGACAAGAAGGACUUGGCUUUUCUCGGCAAUGGUCUACAGGAAUUGGGAUAUACCAUUGUUUCCACUGGAGGAACUGCCUCUGCUUUGGAGAAUGCAGGAGUCUCAGUGACUAAGGUGGAGACUCUCACUCAUUUUCCAGAAAUGCUUGAUGGUCGUGUGAAGACUUUGCACCCGAACAUACAUGGGGGUAUCCUUGCUAGACGAGAUAUUGAGCGUCAUAUGGAAGCUCUCAACGAGCACGGGAUAGGUACAUUUGAUGUAGUGAUUGUCAAUUUGUAUCCGUUUUACGAAAAAGUUACGGCCCCUGGUGGAAUUAGCUUCGAGGAUGGAAUUGAGAACAUUGACAUUGGUGGUCCUGCUAUGAUUAGAGCUGCUGCUAAGAACCACAAGGAUGUUCUCAUUGUUGUCGAUUCAGAAGAUUAUCCUGCUGUUUUGGAAUGCCUAAAGGGGGGCCAGAAUGAUCAGCAGUUCCGAAGAAAACUGGCGUGGAAGGCUUUUCAGCAUGUAGCUGCAUAUGAUUCUGCAGUUUCAGAAUGGUUGUGGAAGCAGACUGAAGGGCAAGAGAAAUUUCCUCCCAGCUUUACGAUUCCGCUUUCGCUCAAGAGUUCUCUUCGUUAUGGCGAAAAUCCUCACCAAAAGGCUGCAUUUUAUGUUGACAAGAGCCUCGGUGAGGUGAAUGCCGGUGGUAUUGCCACCGCGGUUCAGCACCAUGGAAAGGAGAUGUCAUACAAUAACUAUUUAGAUGCUGAUGCUGCAUGGAACUGCGUUUCGGAAUUCGAAAACCCAACCUGUGUAGUUGUGAAGCACACAAAUCCUUGUGGUGUGGCUUCCCGUAACGAUAUUCUCGAGGCUUAUCGUUUGGCUGUAAAAGCAGAUCCAGUUAGUGCUUUUGGCGGUAUAGUAGCCUUCAAUGUCGAGGUUGACGAGGCUCUUGCAAGGGAGAUCCGAGAGUUCAGGAGCCCAACGGACGGGGAAACUAGGAUGUUUUACGAAAUAGUGGUAGCUCCGAAAUAUACUGAAAAGGGUCUUGAAGUGCUGAAAGGGAAAUCGAAGACACUGAGGAUCCUCGAGGCUAAAAAGAACAAAAAGGACAAGAUAUCGAUCAGACAAGUGGGAGGAGGAUGGUUGGCUCAGAAUUCAGACGAUGUAACCCCAGAAGAUAUCAGUUUCAACGUUGUCUCGGAUAAGUCCCCGACUGAAAGUGAACUCUCUGACGCGAAGUUUGCUUGGCUCUGCGCCAAGCAUGUCAAGAGCAAUGCCAUUGUGAUAGCAAAGAACAAUUGCAUGCUGGGGAUGGGAAGUGGACAGCCAAACCGUUUGGAGAGUCUGAGAAUAGCUUUCAGGAAGGCUGGUGAUGAAGCCAAAGGAGCUGCCUUGGCCAGUGACGCCUUUUUCCCAUUCGCUUGGAAGGAUGCGGUGGAGGAAGCGUGUGAGAAGGGGAUAGGAGUGAUAGCAGAGCCAGGAGGGAGCAUGAGGGAUAAUGAUGCCAUUGAUUGCUGCAACAAAUACGGCGUCUCUUUGCUCUUCACCACCAUCAGACACUUCCGACAUUGAUCCAAUCCUUCCAUCCCUCAAUCUAUCUUCUAAAAUAAGGUUGUUUUUUUUUUUAUAAUAAUAUCAAAGUUGUUAUCUUUAUCAAGAAGAAUAUGUCUGCUUUUACGUCUUGUAAGAUUGAGUCCUGUUUUUUGUACUC